UAUCCAAAAACAUCGAAAAUGCGGAAUGUGUCCUUGUUGUCAGCUCUGAGGGAGCUUACAGACGAUUCCAUGCACGCCUCCAGGGACAGUGUUUUGACUCAUUGGAAAAUAAUAGUCCCUUGUCAGACAUGUUUUUACACGGCCUUUCUAUGCUCCGCCAGCGGUAUUUUACAGAGCACGACUACAGCAAGUAUAUCAACGUAAGAUUUACCUACACCCCUGCUGCCUUCUCUAUUCCCGACAUGCACAACAAUGUCGUACUCAUGGACCAUAUUGAUGAUUUGUUCUUCCACAUUCAUGGCAUUGAGAAAUUCGAUUACGGUGUAAAACGCACUGUAGAAAGAAUAAACCGAGACGAAUAUUUUGCCGACCCUACAGAAAAUCCUGAAGGAGUAAACCUCCACAACGCUUUACGAGAGGCAACGGAUUUUUUCAAUGACCACGAAGACUGGUUUGGUGAUCAACAGUUUGAAUUAAAACCACUGAGACGCGGUGCUCCUUAUGGCCGUCUAGACUCGGGGAUUGAAUCAUUUUCUAUUGGAGAGGGCGAGGAAUCAGCUGGUUUGUCUGUUAGCUUGAGUGGCAGCAGUGAAUGUGACGACGCUUUUGUCUCAGCCCAAGACGAUAUAUCUUCAUCCAGAAGAGACCCGAAGGCAACUUCCAACGAGCAGUCAUCGUGCGAUAGGAACCAACUGCCACUGGUAUGUUCUGCAGCAAAAACUUACAAUACACCAAAUUACACCGCUGUUGGCAACGUUUCAUUCCCAGUAUUUAUACCUCUCCAGUCCCCACAAGAUAGCUACAACCCGUGCGUUGAUAAUCAUAAACCAGAACCACGUGUUUCCAUUCCUUGCCAACACCCCCAGAAACUCAUCCCGCCAGAUUUAUCUUUCACAGCUGACAUUACACCCGAUCCACCAAUAAUGUUCAUUCCACCUGUAUUUGACGACAAUCAGAGUAAGACAUUCAGUCAGAUUGCCAAUGACAUCAAUGCCGAGUGUGAAGGGGAUUUUCUCACCUAUGCUGGUCCGUAUGAAAAUGAAAUGACGGAUGAAGAAACGAAUCAUGAAGAUUGCAUCUCACUACAAAGCGUUGGUGGUGCAAGUGUUUAAUGUUGUUUAAAGAAAUUUGAAUUCAAUUGAAAGU